UCGAGCAAUAACAUCAACUCAGAGACGGCGCAAACUACGCACUCCAUAUUACAUUAGAAAGAGCCGCCGCAAAUGGAGGCGGCGCCACAACCACCAUUUGCUUCAGUUUCAGAUUCACGACUGAACAGAAACACUCGAUCAUUCUCCUCCUUCUCUUCUUCUUCAUCUCUUCUUUUGUCUCGCAAAAAUGCUUUCUACAGAAACAAACACAGCAGAGUCAAGUUCAAAUCAUCCUCAACUCUCUGUCUUCGCGCCUCCUCUUCUUCUUCAGAUUCGGUUGUGACUUUGCUUGAUUACGGUGCUGGAAAUGUUCGUAGUGUGAGGAAUGCAAUUCGUUUUUUAGGUUUUGACAUUAAAGAUGUGCAAACGCCGGAAGAUAUUCUAAAUGCAAACCGGCUUAUAUUUCCUGGUGUUGGUGCAUUUGCUGCAGCCAUGGAUGUACUCAACAAGACAGGAAUGGCAGAAGCAUUAUGUACUUAUAUUGAGAAGGAUCGCCCAUUUUUAGGCAUAUGUCUUGGACUUCAGCUUCUUUUUGAGUCUAGCGAGGAGAAUGGACCAGUGAAUGGUCUUGGCUUGAUACCAGGUGUGGUUGGGCGUUUUGAUUCAUCUGGUGGCUUCAGAGUGCCACAUAUUGGCUGGAAUGCUUUGCAAAUCACAAAAGACUCUGAAAUUUUGGAUGAUGUUGGAAACUGCCAUGUUUAUUUUGUCCACUCUUACCGUGCCAUGCCAUCAGAAGACAACAAAGAGUGGGUUUCAUCUACAUGCAACUAUGGUGACAAAUUUAUAGCAUCUAUUAGAAGGGGGAAUGUGCAUGCAGUUCAAUUCCAUCCGGAGAAGAGCGGAGAUGUCGGCCUUUCCGUAUUGAGAAGGUUCUUGUAUCCAGAGUCGACUAUGCUAAAGAAGCCAACUGAAGGGAAGGCCUCACAGCUUGCAAAGAGGGUUAUUGCUUGUCUUGAUGUGAGAGCAAAUGAUAAAGGAGAUCUUGUUGUCACCAAAGGAGACCAGUAUGAUGUAAGAGAGAACACAAAAGAGAAUGAGGUUAGAAACCUUGGCAAGCCUGUAGAGCUUGCUGGACAGUACUAUAAAGAUGGAGCUGAUGAGAUUAGUUUUUUGAAUAUCAUCGGUUUCCGUGAUUUCCCGCUAGGUGAUUUGCCAAUGUUGCAGGUGUUAAGGUUAACUUCAGAGAAUGUUUUUGUGCCUUUAACUGUUGGAGGUGGGAUAAGAGAUUUUACCGAUGCAAACGGCAGGUACUAUUCUAGUUUGGAAGUAGCCUCAGAAUAUUUCAGGUCUGGGGCUGACAAGAUUUCUAUUGGAAGUGAUGCAGUUUAUGUUGCUGAAGAAUAUUUAAAAACUGGAGUGAAGACUGGAAAAAGCAGCUUAGAACAAAUAUCUAGAGUUUACGGGAACCAGGCAGUGGUUGUUAGUAUUGAUCCUCGUAGAGUAUACCUUAAUAAUCCUGAUGAUGUGGAGUUCAAGGCUAUAAGAGUGACAAACCCAGGUCCAAAUGGAGAAGAAUAUGCUUGGUAUCAGUGUACAGUUAGUGGUGGGCGAGAAGGUCGACAAAUUGGAGCUUAUGAGCUUGCAAAAGCAGUUGAAGAGCUGGGAGCCGGAGAGAUACUAUUGAAUUGCAUUGAUUGUGAUGGUCAAGGCAAAGGAUUUGAUGUAGAUCUAAUAAAGUUGAUCUCAGAUGCCGUGAGCAUCCCUGUCAUCGCUAGUAGUGGUGCCGGUGCUGUUGAACACUUCUCUGAAGUGUUUAGGAAAACAAAUGCAUCAGCUGCCCUUGCUGCCGGCAUUUUCCAUCGGAAGGAGGUGCCCAUUCAAUCUGUAAAAGAACACUUGUUCAAGGGAGGCAUAGAGAUCAGGAUCUAAUUUAAUCAAACCUGUGAAAGCAAAGAGAAAUUUAUCUGACUGAAGUUCGAAGAGCAUAGAAGUGCAUCGUUUUCACCAGGCGCCUGCUGCAUGUAUUAGUAGUAAUUUUUUGCAGCUCCGUAAUCCAGGUUCAAAUAAAUUCACUUUGAAUUAUUCACAAUAUAAAUUAUGGGAAUCAUCUGAUGCUAAGAACUUCCCUUGAAAUUUCUUUUCUGUUACUAUGUAUUCAACAGUUUUAUCCGAAAAGUUGAUA